CUUUUUCACCUCUUUAUAAUAGAAGAAAAAAUGUCUGCAAACUCAGAUAGAAAGGAAAUAAUAAAUAACGGCGGAGAAAGCAAGAAAAUUAUUGAUAAGGGUGAAAAUUUUCAGAUCUCUGGUGAAACAAAAAGUGAAGAGAAAAAUGGAAGCAACAGUAGUACGUCGAAUCAUCAUUUAAGUGAAAAACUCAUCGAAUCUGUUAAGCAUGGAAUAGACACUCUUAGUUCCACAAUUAUUCAUAAAAGUUCUAAUGACCAAGAGUCUCCAACGCAACAUAGCGAUAGAAUUUCGCAUCAAUCCGACCCUUCAACAGAUUCUAUUCACAAACGUUCGUCACCAGAAACUGUUAAUGAUCACCUUUCAGAGACCGAACAU